AUGGAUGAUGAUGACUUUAGUCAAUUUGCUGCGGGAUUCGAAAAAUAUUCAUUUCCUUCUUCAAUGGUGAACAAUAGUUUGAAAACCACUUCAUCAAUACCUGAUUUGAGUUGGAUCUCACCAUCGAUCGUACCAUUAACGACAACAAAUAAAAACUCCUCAGUUCAACAACCACCAGAAGAAAAAAUCAUUCCGAAUAUCAUUCUUAAUAUACGAUUAAAAUUCGAGUAUGAUGAAUUAACAAAAUUUGUUGAAGACUUAAAACAAAAGAAUCCAAAGAUAAAAGUCAAUCAAAAAGAGUAUUCUAUAUUUGAACUCUAUACACUUUAUACAACAAGUGAAGCAAUUGAUAUGACUAAUCAAAAAAUUCGUAAAAAUUAUCGUCCAAGUUUAUUUAUCCGAAAACCAGAUGCAUUUGGUGCAUGGAAUUUUAGUUUUCUAUUGGGUUUAUUUGAUCUUGAUUAUGGAUGUCCCGAUCAAGAAAAUGACAACGAAUUUCCACCUGUGUGGAAAACGACCUUUCAGACAAAUGUGACAACAAACAUAAUCCAUCUACCUAAACAGAAUACAACAGAAAACGGUAAAUCUGGCGAAAAGUCGAAUGAAUCUAAAGAUCCACCAAAUGAACCUGCAACUACACUAUUGGACGUUCUGAAGGCUAUUUGUCGUGAAAAUAAAUAUGAUGAAAAUGAUGCAUACAAAUGGUUAGGAAAUUUGAAAGAUGAAAACAUCAAUACCAUAGCUCAUUUACGUACAAUUGCUAAUGAUUCUUGGGAAAAAUUGAGUAGAUUAACACAUGUUGUAAAACAAUUGAUACGUGAUUAUUUACAAUUAAACACUGAUUCAAAUAUAUUUAAUCAAGGUAGUAUUGAUCCAUACAAAGAAUCCAAAGCAACAUUAUUCGCUGAUAUUCAUCGUGUUCGACGUUAUUUUUAUUAUGUAACAAAACAUUUAAAUUUAACAUCGUAUUUGGAUCGUCGUGCAGUUGAUCUAGCGAUUGAUGAGGUACGUAAAACAUAUGAUGAUGAUGGUAAUGUUUUAAUUAAUAUACAAAAUUAUCUUCGUACAUUUUGUUUACAAAAUAAUAUGGAUAAUGCAACUACAUUACAAAAAAAACGUCUAGACUGGACCAAUGAAUUAGCUCAAUUAAAUGCUGAUACACAAAAAAUCCAAAUAGAAGUUAAUAAACAUCAAUCCAGCUUAGAGAAUGCUAAAAAAGAUUUUAAAUAUUCUCAAACACAUUAUCAAAUUACCCUAGAUGAAGAAAAAGAUGUAAAUGAAAAAGUCAAUGCUAAAUUAAAUAAAGCUUAUAAUCCUGGCAAUAAUCUGAAUUCAAAUUGGAUAAAAGAUAUUGAAGACGGAAAUAAUAUGAAAUAUCUGUAUGCAGAAAAAAAGAAAAAUGCGGAAAAAACAUUAGAAAAAAGUCGAUUAGAAUUAAAAAAACAAAGCGACAUGGAUUUGAAUUCAAAAACAAAAAUUCAAAAUAAUAAGUGUCAAAUUGAAAGUUUACAAAAUUUUUUAAAAUUAGAUUUAGAAGCAGAACAUAAAAAAUUGAUCGUCAAGUAUGGUCGCGGUAUUCUGCUUUACGGGCCACCUGGCACAGGAAAAUCCGAGUUACUUAAACGGGUUGCUGUAUAUGCUGGAAUAACAAUGGUCACACAACCAUUAGCAGCUGGUGAACUCAAUCGUCCAUAUGUUGGUGAAACAGAAAAGUUAUUAAUCGAUAUCAUGUAUCGUGCGAAUACUGUUCCCUAUUUGAUAUGUGCUAUGACAAUCGAUGAAAUUGAUGGUCUUGUACCAAAGCGUGAUAAUAAUGCUCAACAAUCCAAAGUCGAUGGUAUUAGUGUAUUAUUAUCUCAUAUUGAAGGUGUUAAAAAUAUUCCAAAUUUAAUUGUAUUUGGUGCAACAAAUCGUCGUAACAUGAUGGAUGAAGCCUUUCUUCGUCGUAUGCAAGCCAAAGUGUUUGUUGGUCGACCAUCACCAAAAAUACGUGAAAAAAUGUUACAACCAUUAAUAACUAAAGAUUCAAAAGUGUUUACAGCAAAACGGAUCGAAUUCUUAGUUAAAAUAACGACUAAUUUUAGUGGCGCAGCGGUUGGUGCAUUAAAAUCUAGUAUUAUUGUUGAAAUGGAUAACGAUCCAGAUAUUAAGGAUUCUACACUAUUAAUAUUAGCUGAUGUGGCUGCACGUGAAUUUAAUAUUUGGUUUGGUAUAAGUACAUUACCAGAAAUUUAUCGUUUAAAUUCGCUUGCUUUCAGUUCUCCAGAACAGGGUAAUUAUUCAUUAGCUUUACCGAACUUAUCACCUACAGGACGAAUCCUAAUUGAUUAUCAAGAUCGUAAAUGUCUCAUUGAACUACAAAAUGAUGCUACAUUAGAUAAAGAUUUAGAUAAACACGAAACAUCUGUUCCAUCAUUAUUAGCACGUUUUGUUCAUGGUUGUUCGAGUCGAAAUAUUGAUACAAUUCAAAUAAUUGAUUUAAAUUUUUUGACAAAACAAAAUGCAUUUGAUGAAAAUCAAAUAUUUGAAAUAUUAACUACAACAUUUUUAGAAUGCAAUGAAUAUAAUCGUUCAAUGCUUAUAUUUGAUAUUGAUUCAUUAAUUAUGUUGAGUAUAUCUGAUUCAAAUAUGUCAAAGUCAAAAUCAAUAUCAAAUAUACGCUUAUAUCAAUUUAUACGAGAAAAAUGUAAAACAGCUAUUGUUGAACAAAAACAAGAUAAGUCUCAAGCUGUUGAAAAAUGGAUUGUAAUGAUUGUCAAAGAUCCAUUAUUGAAAAGUCUACUUAUUGGUGAUAUCGAAUUUAAAGAAACAAGUUUCCAAUUAAAACAAAAACAAGAUGAAGAAGAAAAACGUAAAGAUGAUGAAACCGUCAAAAAAUGUCCAAAAUGUUUACAAAAUUAUAUACCUUCAAAAUCCAAUUAUGGUGAUUGUUGUUAUCAUGAUGGAUUUGUUUAUGAUUUAGAUACACAACAACGAUUAACUAGUGAUCAAGCACGAGAAAAAGUACAACAAACGAAAUUAUUGAAUAAAAAACAACCACAAUCACAAGCAUCUUCUGCUGUAAAACAUGAAGUAAAUUUAAUAUGGUCAUGCUGUUUGGCAUUAGCGGACGAUCAAAUGUUAGCAUCAGGCUGUCAACGAGGUGUACAUGGAUUACCUGAUGAAUUAAAAAAUUUAGAUUUAACAAAUAAAGAUCCAAUUUUAAUUGUACAAGAACACUUUAUGAAAAAUCAAGUAGCAUCGAAAAAACUAAACAAUUUCCUACAAAAUCAAAAGCAACAAUUAAUCAUCAGGCCACCAAUCUCAUCUGCUGCUGGAAGCAAGUUAGUCGGUAAUAAUAAUUCCCCAAAUUUGAAACAUUAA